AUGCCGGCGCACAAGACGCUUCCCAACCUCAACCACUUCAUGGAGAAACGGAUUGUGGUGAAGAUACAAGGUGGCCGUUCCAUCUCCGGCGUGCUGCGGGGUGUUGACGAGCACAUGAGCAUUGUGCUACACGACGCCAUGGAUGAGACCCGCAACGCAGCUGUCAGCGGCGAGGCCAGGAUGGCUCUCGGCACCACGGUGAUCCGUGGCAGCGCCAUCGUCGAGAUCGUGAGCGCCGGUGUUUGA